AUGCCCUGCAGUAGCAACAAGGAUCCAUCUGCGGCCCAUGACAGACGCACCUUCCAUCUCCCUCCAUCUUCACCUCACUCUCCUCCCCAUUUACUCUCCCUGUUCUGCCCUCCAACCAGCAACUCUGCAUUCCUGCCUUCCCCCUGCCUUCUGCUUUCCGCCUGCCUUCCUCCCUCACACUGCUUCCUAGCUCUCGUCUUCUCCCUCUUCAUACUCGUCGUCCGUCUCCCCCUCUCCAACCUCCCCCUCCUCCAUCUCUUCACCCCCAUCCCCUCCUCCCUCCUCUUCCUGCUCAUCCUCCUCUCCCUCCUCUCCUCCUCCCCUCUCCCCUCUUCCUCCUCUUCCUCCUCCUCCUCCUCCUCCUCCCCCUCCUCCUCCUCCCAUUCCCCUUCACUCUCCUCCUCCCCCUCCCCCUCCGCCUCCCCCACCUCCUCUCCUCUCACCUCCUCCCUCUCCCCCUCCACUCCCCUCACCUCCUCCUCCUGCACCACCUCCCCCACCUCCUCCCCCACCGUCCCCAACACCGCCUGCCACCCGCCCUCCACGCGUCUCCUUCUCGCCCCAGUCCGCCCCGACUCCUCAUUAAACCGCCUCUCAGCCAAGCGGUAA